UUGGCCGCGGCGACCCCUCUCCUGUGGCGCGUCCCCCGCGCUUGGUACAGUCCAGCCCGUCUCCCCCGAAGCCGCGCGCCCGCGCCCCUCAGUCGGUGGAGCCCGCAGCCCCCCGUGCGGCCCGUGGCAACCCCCAGCCCGCUCGGUCCGCUCCCGCUAUGGUCCGUCCGCGCCGCGCUCCGCACCGCUCCGGCGCUGGGGGCCCCCUCGGGGGUCGCGGCCGCCCCCCGCGGCCCCUCACGGUGCGCGCCGCCCGCUCGCGCUCCUGGCCCGCCAGCCCCCGCGGCCCGCAGCCGCCGCGGAUCCGGGCCCGCUCGGCCCCUCCCAUGCAAGGUGCUCGGGUCUUCGGCGCCUUGGGUCCCAUCGGGCCCUCCUCUCCUGGGCUCGCCCUCGGGGGCCUGGCCGUAGGUGAGCACCGGCUCAGCAACAAGCUGCUGGCCUGGAGUGGCGUCCUCGAGUGGCAGGAGAAGCGCAGACCCUACUCCGACUCUACUGCAAAGCUGAAGCGAGCCCUCCCCUGCCAGGCCUACGUGAAUCAGGGCGAGAACCUGGAGACGGACCAGUGGCCCCAGAAGCUGAUCAUGCAGCUCAUCCCGCAGCAGCUGCUGACCACCCUGGGCCCCCUGUUCCGCAACUCCCAGCUGGCGCAAUUCCACUUCACCAACAGAGACUGCGACUCUCUCAAGGGGCUCUGCCGCGUGAUGGGCAACGGCUUCGGUGGGGCCCGGGCCCCUGACCACAGAUUGCCCAGGAGGGGAGACAUGGAGAUGCCCAGUCACCUCCUCUUGCAACAUGUUUUGGUCUCCGGCUUCUCUUUGGUGUGGACUUUGAGGACAGAGCAGCCUCAGAAAAAGAUCUUCAUGGGCCUCAUCCCUUAUGACCAGAGCGGCUUCGUCAAUGCCAUCCGGCAGGUUAUCACCACGCGCAAACAGGCAGUGGGCCCUGGUGGUGUCGCGGGCCCGGUGCAGAUCGUCAACAACAAGUUCCUAGCGUGGAGUGGAGUCAUGGAGUGGCAAGAGCCCAGGCCUGAGCCCAACAGUCGGUCCAAGAGGUGGCUGCCAUCACAUGUCUACGUGAACCAAGGGGAGAUCCUGAGGACUGAGCAGUGGCCAAGGAAGCUGUACAUGCAGCUCAUCCCACAGCAGCUGCUGACCACCCUGGUACCACUGUUUCGGAACUCGCGCCUGGUCCAGUUCCACUUCACCAAGGACCUGGAGACGCUGAAGAGCCUGUGCCGGAUCAUGGACAAUGGCUUUGCCGGCUGCGUGCACUUUUCCUACAAGGCAUCGUGCGAGGUGCGCGUGCUCAUGCUCCUGUACUCGUCAGAGAAGAAGAUCUUCAUCGGCCUCAUCCCCCAUGACCAGAGCAACUUCGUCAACGGCAUCCGGCGUGUCAUCGCCAACCAGCAGCAGGUCCUGCAGCGGAACCUGGAGCAGGAGCAGCAGCAGCGCGGGAUGGGGGGGUAGUGGCCACCCCCAGGCUGGGCCCCUCCAGGAGUCACAGACGAGGCCCCCGCCAAAACUGGAGGUGAUGAAGCUGUGGUUUCCAGGCUGGGAUUGGAGGGCCCAUGGGGUGCUGGGAGGCCCUGUCCAGGCCCUCCCACUCUCCUCCUGCCCCCAGGUCAGAUGCUUCUGAGCAGGGGCCCCUGGGGAUGGCUACUGCCCAGCGAGAUGGAGGACAGCGUCCGGAGAGGUCUCCGCGGACGGUCCCCACCCCUGUACGUUUCCCCAAUAAAGUCUUUUAAAAGCCCGUUGGCCA